AUAGUUUCACUUUCACCGCUUCGCUAUUGGUCCCCGCGAAUUGUUCUCGUCGGCUAGCACUGUGUACGAGCGCAGCAUCCAAUGUAACCGAGCGCACACGGGCGCCUACACACACCUGCACUUGCGUUUCGGCAAAAAAGAGGGGAGGUGAGUGGUCUCGACCACCCCCACGCGCAGACCAAAAGGAUUUCAAACUGUUGUCGACCGUUGAAUGAAAGAGGAACCCAAGAGCCGAAGAGCGUGAACUCGUAUAGUCUCGUAUACGUAUAUGAGUGUUGUUUGCACGCGUGGGAUUGGAAGGAAGGGAUUAAAUGUCCAACCGAGCUGUAUGGUAGUCCUUUAUUCGCGUUGAAAAGAGAUUUUUGGAAGAUGAGCGACUCCAGUGAGAACAAAUACAAAUGGACCCCUGAAAGUACCACUCUUCUGGUCUCUGUGUGGACUGAUAAGCAAGUUCAAAAACAAUUGGAAUAUUCAACGAAGCCACAAUUGAUAUGGGAUAGCGUAGCUAAGUAUAUGAAUAAGAAAGGUUACAAUGUGUCGGGCAAACAAUGUCGAUCACGUAUGAAGCAGGUUCUUGUAUGUUAUCGCGAGGCCAAAAGAGCUGGUACUCGUGCAGGAGUGGAACAGUAUUACGAAUCCAUAGAUAGAGUAUUAAAGAUCAAGAAGAUGGAACAUUUUAAUACUAACGGCAUUGACACUGUUGAUUCGACGGUGAAUGUGAAAUCAUCGCCAAAAGACAUAAAAACUAAUAAAAAUCUUCAAAUGCGUUGUAAAUAUCAGCAACCAACCGAGGCAAUCUAUAGAACCGAUGUCUUAUCUCCUGUUUGGAGCACAGGAAGAGACGACGAUUAUCCAGACUCUCCAGAGUCAAAUGAAACAGUCUUAGCCAAACCAUUUAGAGUUCUUUCACCGGUACGAGAUGCAGCUACUAAUACAAUCCAAUAUCAAAUUGGACAAACUAAUAAAAAGAUUGUACAACAAAAUGGAGUCUGCGAAGACAUGCCAAUUAAGGAGAUUUACAGACAAAACACCUAUUCUAACAAUUAUUUCAGUGAAAUUCCAUUUCAAAAUACCGUACAAAAUGUUCAAAAUCAGAUAAUCCAAGAAAAUAUGCAGCAAAAUCAAGCCCUUUUACAACAAAAUUUACUUCAAAAUCAAUUGUUAGAACACAAUAGAUUACAGAUAAAUCCUAUUUUACGUCAUAAUAUUCAAAAUGUAAAUCACGGCUUAUACGCUGAUCAAGUGAUGCCGUACAAUCAGGCACAACUGGGUCUUGGACAAAAUUUGCAAAACAAGUAUCAGCAGAAUUCUAUUAAUAAUCGAGCAGUGCCUCAAGAACCAAAAAAAAAUAGUUUUAGACAAAAUUUAGCAUCGACUUAUCGUCAAUUUCAAGAUAUCGGUACACAAAAUUGUAACACAAAUUUCAAUCCUAUAGGGUUUUUUUCUCCAAGUAUCUCUCCCGAUAUCCCACCAAAUUUGAACGAAGCAUUCUGCCAAUCAAAAAGCGAGAAAGCCCAAGCUUUAAACGACACGUUUAAUCGACCUUCGUCAAAUCCAUUAAAUCUUGUUAAUGCCGACAUUACCGCAAUAACAAACAAUGCCACGUUCAACGACGAUUCUAUUUCGAUAGAAUUCUUGCAGGAUUCCCCAACACCGGAUAAUCAAUCGACAAAAUUAAAAGACUUUUCAAUGAAUACUGACGAGAUUCCUAACGCACCUUUUCGAAAGAAGAAGGCUGAAAAGUUAGAACGAAUCAUGCUGAAUGCCAUAAAUUCUCAAAAUGAUGUCGUUAAUAAGAUAUUAGCCGCUCAAAAUGACAUGGUAACGCGGGUUCUCGACUUGGAUCGCGAUCGGCAAAAUCGCCUGGAAAAUCGCCUCGACCACCUUCUCGAUGUCGUGCAGACUGCCGUCCUAAAUAAAAGCUCCGACAAGAGUUGCGAUAUUCCGCCCCCUCCACCCGAGCCGCUUAUUACGAAUCUGAUGCCACCCCCAAAACCAGGAGUAAUACCCCCUAAGUUGGACCUGGUGCCACCAAAACCGUGUCGCGUACCAUGUACAAUCUCCAAUGGCAAUUGCCAGAUGAUCAAUCAGAAUCCUGUGAUGACGAGACCUGGUGUGAUAUCGCCAAUUUUGAGUCCGACAAGGAGAGUUGGGUCUAUUUGGCAAAAAUUGGGCCCCGUCUCGACUUCGCCCUUCGUCCGAGCCCAGCAGCAAUUAGGAUUCAGACCUGUGCAGGGCAAUGAUGUGCGCACUCAGUCCUCGGCUGAGCGACGCAUCACCAAAGAAUUGGAAAUGAACAUGAAUCCCAAGACUCUCAUACUCGAAACUGCCAACUUUAUACAUGCCGAACGCCACAUCCAAGAGGAAGUUGAAAAUGCACGUAUCAAUGCAUCUCUGGCGAGGAAGAUGCAAGCACGUCGUCGACUGUUUACCCAACGGGAGCCAACCGCUGCCAUGAUACUCACCGCCGCCUUUCUAGACUCCGAGAUCCAGUCCAUGGAAGUAGCCGAGAAUGCAAAAUUCAACUGGCACGUGCAACGCGAAAGAGAGCUGUACAACAAGCUCCGGGAGCACUACAACAACGUCGAUUUACACUACAAGGGUACCGCAGCGAACGAUGACGAGGCAUUCGCUGCGCAAGUUGAGAAUUACGAACGUUUGAAGCAGCUGCAUAUGCGCGAUAGAGUUAUUGGCGAGCCUUGUAAUUCGUCGACGCCGUCCAAGGAUUCAGCGUCGCAGCCGAGAACGGAUUUGAUUCAGACUGACGAGCCAAGACAAACGAUCCAGCAAUUGGCCCAGCUGGUCAUGAAUAGUGCGCGCUGGAGAAAUAACAAUCCGCCGAAUAAUUCGGAGUAUCAACGUAAAGAUCUGAAUUUACGAGGAAAUCCACCAAAGCCCGUUCGUCUCAAUGAAGAAGCGAUGCUCUUACGUAACGGUCAGGAGUCAAAAACAUUUGACAAUCGUAUGGAACAAAAAAAUCGAUUAUCCCAUCCACCAGUCGACGGCAAAAUUAAGACUCGCGACUGGCUUCAAGACCGUUAUUACUAUGAGCGACAAAUAGGUUCCGAUAACGAAAGCGAUCCCAUAACUCAAGGAAUUAAAAAGCGGUUAUCGUACAAUGGUCCAAUGACCCAGAAAACCUCAUCCCAUCCGACAAUAGGCUUCGCUAGGGAUUAUUUAAACAACAAUAAUAAUAAUAAUAACAAUAAUAUAGUUAAUAAAAAUAAUGGUAGACAGAACUACGGCAAUCAAGGGAAGUGUGUAGGCUUCGCACGCAAUAAUGAAAUUAUUAUUGACGAUAAUAGAAACGAUCUUAUUUUACAUGAUAACAAUGAUCCUUUCGAAGAGCUUCAUCAAUUUUAUAUUCAAAAGCAACUUAAGAUGCAGAAAAAUCAGGGGAUACCGUUUAUGAUGCAAAACGGUAAAAUCAUACUAGCGCAGAAUGAUAUGAUCGAGCGCUAUAUGCAUGAAAUAAAUUUGCAAUCCAAGCCAAAUCGUGAUUCCGAUUCCGAUAAUGACGAGUUCUUGGAUACAACUACGAGUAUGCCGUGUUCGCGGAAAAAUUCCAUUACUUCGGUUGGAAACAAACAAGGAAAAUCCGAGUCGGCGUGUAUGAUAAGUUAAGAAGAAUAUGUCUUGAAAAUUGAUUUUGUUUAUUUUUAAAGAUUAUUAUUAAUACAAUAUUUAAUAAU